AUGGCUGCCAAAUCGAACCUGCAGUUGAUCGAGGAAUGUGAUAACUUCCCUUAUCAUGACGACGAUCCAGAGUUCUAUGAGCGUCACAUGCGCAACUACCAUGCCUUCAAAGUCAAUGGCUGCAAUGCCGUUCUGGGCUACAUGCCGAACAAUGUUGUAGAAAAGUUUCCCUGGAUAGAGAAUGACUGGAAGGUCGAUUCCCAGUCUCGCAUCGUGACUCUAAUGGCAGCCCCAGACGCAACCCCGGAGGUGCGCAAUGAGAUCAUGUCUCGCCUACUGGCUGAAGCUGUGCAUCAAAAAACCUUUGAAGUGCUAAACGGCUGGCGCAACGAGAUGUAUCCCAUCUACGCGCCAGGGGGGAUAUUCCUGAUGGAAAUGGAAAGAUGUGCCAGUCCGCUCUUUGGUAUUAUCAGCUACGGCGUCCACAUGACGGGCUACAUUGAGGAUGAGAAGGAGGGCCUCAAACUGUGGGUGGGCCGCCGCUCUAAGACAAAGCAGACGUUCCCCAAUAUGCUGGACAACACUGCCGCGGGGGGCAUGAGUACUGGUGAACAUCCGUAUGCGUGUGCAAUUCGUGAAGCUGCAGAAGAGGCCUCGAUACCGGAGGCUGUCUUUGAGGAACGUGCACAAUCAGUUGGGGUAAUGACAUAUUUCUAUGUUCGGGAUGCUCGUGCCGGCGGCGAGAUUGGCUUGCUACAGCCUGAGAUAGAAUAUGUUUACGAUAUUAGACUGGAUGCAGACCACGUGAUAAAGCCGUGUGACAGUGAAGUCGAAGACUUCCGUCUCUGGACAGUGGAUGAAGUCAGGGAAUCACUAAAGCAGGGUGAAUGGAAGCCCAAUUGCGCCGUGGUAGUCAUUGAUUUCUUGAUGCGUCAUGGUAUACUAACCCCGGAAAACGAACCGGAUUAUUUGGAGAUCGUAGCCAGGACUCAUCGGCGCCUGCCAUUUCCAAAAGCAAAAUUUGUCCUAUAG